GAGAGCAGAGGGGGAUUUCAGCAGAUGAUUCUGAUGCAGGAUGGUGUUCCCGCUGCUCCUGCUGCAUGAAAUCUCCCUCCUGUGCUGGACACAGCCUUGCCUGUGGCUUCUCCCGCUCGGCACAUCCGGUGAGGAGACGGUGACCCAGUUAAACGCACAGCUGGGCGGGCUGGACGUGGAGCCCACGCGGAGUUUCCUCAGAUCUCCCUUAGAGCAGCGAAGAUGGCGCUCUUCAAAAAUAACUUCUGGGGAGAGAAAAACGCUGGCUUCGAUGUGCUGUAUCACAACAUGAAACACGGACACAUCUGCACCAAGGAGCUGGCGGAGUUCGUCAGAGAGAGGGCCGCCAUCGAGGAGACGUACUCCAAGUCCAUGAGCAAACUGGCCAAGAUGGCCUGCAACGGAAGCCCCCUGGGGACGUUCGCCCCCAUGUGGGACGUGUUCCGCGUCUCUUCGGACAAGCUGGCCCUCUGCCACCUGGAGCUGACCAAGAAGAUGAACGACCUCAUCCGCGACGUCAGCAAGUACGGCGAGGAGCAGGUCAAAGUUCACCGCAAGACGAAGGAGGAGCUGCUGGGGACCGUGGAGGCGGUGCAGGCCCUCCAGGCGCAGAGCGCGCACCUGCAGAAGUCCCGGGAGGUCUACCACGGAAAGUGCGUGGAGCUAGAGCGGCUGCAGCGGGAGGGGGCACCGCAGAAGGAGGUGGAGAAGAUGGAGCUGAAGGUGAAGAAAGCUGGGGAGUCGUUUGCCGCCUGCAUAGAGAAGUACAACCGCGUGGGCGGAGACUUUGAGCAGAAAAUGAGCGACUCUGCUCAGAAGUUCCAAGACAUCGAGGAGGCUCAUCUGCGGCAGAUGAAGCAGCUGAUUAAGGCCUACUCGCACUCCAUAGAGGACACCCACGUACAGGUGGGGCAGGUCCACGAGGAGUUUAAGCAGAACGUGGAGAACAUCGGCAUAGAGAACCUCCUCCAGAAGUUUGCUGAGCUGAAGGGCACGGGCAAGGACAGGCCAGCUGCGGUGGGCUUUGAGGGGCACAGCUCCAGCCUGGUGCCUGACGCAGGGAAGAGGAGUCGGGGGAAAGCCUUCCGCAUCCCUGGCCUGAGCAGGAGGGACAAGGAGCCGGACUCUACGGAAUCAGCCGUGACAGGGACUCAAAACUCUCCGGAAGUGGACGAGGAGGGCUUCGUGAUCCGCGCCGACGUCACCGAGAACGGCUGCGCUCAGGAGAAGGAGAAGGAUGGCAACUUCUACUCCAGCGACUCGGACUUCGACGACGACGAGCCCAAGAAGUUCCGCAUCCAGAUCCGGCCGGUGGGCAGCGGCGGCCGCGGGAGCUCGGUCGCCAGCGAAAUGGAGCUGCGCGCCACCGUGGGGACCCUCACCCUGCCCCCCAACCGAGGGCAGGUCUCAGCCAAGAGACAGCUCUCCCGGAACUCCAGCUGCACGGCCGGACCGCGCUCGGAAGGGGAGGGAGACAGCGCCCCCCGCAGGGAGGGCGAGCGGGACAGGCGGGCGAGAUCGACCGCCAGCUCUGACCGUACCAGGUUGAGCUCCACAGUGUCGGGUUCUGAGGCGCUGUUUGGGCCCCCCCUGGAGUCGGCCUGUAAGUCCAGCAGUCUGGCCGAUCCCGCCUUCUCCUCUGACUCCUCCUCCCCUGAGAAUGUGGAGGACUCGGGUCUGGACUCGCCUUCCCAUCAGCCCCUGGGGCCCUCUCCGGAGCCGGCCAGCUGGGCGGCCUGGCCCUCGGCACCGCAGAGCAGGGGCCCGGCUGUCCCGGGGAGGACCCCGGACCCCUUCCUCUCAGCCUUCCCUGACCCCCCCACGCAGAGGGAGCCCGCCUGCCCUUGGGCCCCGUCCCCCGGCGCUCCGGACCCCGCGUUCGGCGUGCCCGCGUUCGGCCGGUCCCUGGCCCCCCCGGAGCCGGACCCCACGGUGUGGACCUGCCGCCACAUUCCCCCGCAGGACGCCUUCCUGGCCGCCUUCGAGGAGGCUCCGCCCUCGCCUCCGCCCUGGGGCCCUCCCCCGCCCUGCAGGUCCCGGGGCGGCAAGGGGCCGGAGGCGCAGAGAGACCCACGCCCUUCCUCCUCCUCGUCCUCCUCCUGCUCGUCCAGCGCUCGUGCUGACCGGGACCCCAUCGUCCCGGUUCUGGACUCCCCGGAGGACCCCUUCUCCAUCACCAUGAUUGGCAGCCCCACGCACCAGGCCGCCCAAUGCGGCGGCGGCGGCAGGACCCUCCCCCCCUCCGGCUCCGCCCCCCAGCCCAAAAGGGAGCGGGCGUACCGGGGGUCCGUGGGGAACCCCUUCAGCGAGGGCGGGGCAGCUGGGGGGCGGGACGGGGAGAGGAAGGAGAGAGUCCCAGAGGAGGAGCCCGUCAGAAACGGCCUGCCGCUCACACGAAGCUCUGAGCUGCAGAACCAUCUGAACACAGAGCCCUGCCCCGGCACAGUGACCCCCCCUCCCUCGCAGCACGGGAGCACAGAGCUCCUGGGGCCGGCCCCCGCCCGACCUGCCCGAGCGACCAGGACCCUGGGGCCCCUGAGUGGCCCUGAAAGGUCCCGGUCUGUGUGCUCCUCUCCGCUCCCCGGCCCCAGUCCUGGUUUUACAACCUCCUCAUCCUCCUCCAGUCCCAGCGAGUGGGCGGGGCAGACCACGUCUACCCCACGCCCCUCCAGCCCCGCCCGGGGCCUGUCCCGUGGACCCAGCCCCCUGUCCCUCAGCGCCCAGGAGGCCUGGCCCGUGGCCGCGGCCCUCACAGAGUACAUCAACGCGUACUUCAAGGGCGGGGAGCAGAACCGCUGUCUGGUGAAGAUCACAGGCGAUCUCACCAUGUCCUUCCCCGCCGGAAUCGCCCGCAUCUUCGCCGCCAACCCCAACACCCCCGUCCUCAGCUUCCGGUUGGUCAACACGGCUCGGGUGGACCAGUUUCUGCCCAAUCAGAAGCUGCUGUUCAGUGACCCGUCGCAGAGCGACCCGGGGAGCAGGGAUUACUGGUUCAACAUGCAGGCCCUCACCGCGCUGCUCCAGAGGGAGGCCCAGCUCAACCCCCAGGCCUCCUACUACAACGUGACCGUACUCAAGUACCAGGUGUCAGCGCAGGACUCUGACUGUGCUCCGGUCCUGUUGUUGGCGGAGUGUCAGCGCAGCGGGACGGUGACGCGCGUCUCCCUGGACUACCGCUGCUCCCCCGCCGUGGCCCCCGGGGCCGAGCUGAGCGGCGUGCAGGUCCUGCUGCCCCUCGACCCCUCCGCCACCGACCCCCAGUGCCAGCCCCCCGCGUCCUGGAAUGCUGAGGAAAGACGGUUGCUGUGGAAACUGCCUAACCUCUCGCCCACCAGCAACAGCAAAGGCUCAGGAACGCUGUGUGCCAGCUGGCAGUGUCUGGAGGCCCCCCGGGGCCCGCCCCCCAGCCUGGCGGUGCAGUUUACGGGCUCGGGGGCGGCGCUGUCCGGCCUGGGCGUGGAGCUGGUGGGCGGUCGGUACCGCAUGUCCCUGGUGAAGAAGAGGUUUGCCACAGGGAAGUACAUGGCCGGCUGCUCGUUGUGAGGUGACCGGGACCCUCCGCCCUUUCUGGAAUCAUCCGGAAACACUCUUAUUGCACUUUCAGAAUGGCGAGGGGAGGCGCCGUGACCCCCCCCCCCCCACCCCCCCCACCCCGGCACGAAGAGAGCCCUCAAAGUCCCGCCCGUGACUCGCCUAUCUUAACCCAUCUGUGUGUCGCUACGGACAGCCUUCUUUUGAUUGGUUCAUUGGGAGUCGGUGACUGACGGCACGUGGUAGCCCCGCCCACUGCGCGGUUAACGAAGCCUCCGGCUUCCCAGCAUUCCCUCCAGGUCUCUGAAGGAGCGCUGGGGAACGCCAUGGCGACGGGUCCGGCUCCACAGCAGGGGCGUGGUCAGCCUGGGACUGUUCCUCUCGAUUCAGAGCUUGUGCUCUAUCCUGGGAUCGGGGUCUGGUCACCUGACCCUUCAGAACACCGACCAAUCAAAUACAAAGACCUCCCGGCUGUGCGGUGUGCGCACAGAAAAUCCGAACCCAGUUUGUUAUUUGGGGAAGAGUGCAAGUUCUUUUCUUUGUGACAUUGUUUGUUUUGUGCGGUAUGCAAUGUGAAUAGUUUGUGCCUUGAGAUUGAAGACUUCGGACGUCAGACUUCGACUGAAGAAAGUGUGACUGAGACGUCAGCCCUGCCCCUCGUGCAUAUCUGGAACGGUAUUGCCAUGAAAACUUGAAUUUUAUAUUUAGGAGCCUACAGGGGUUGACUGUACAUAUUUCUGCGUUGGAUUUGGAAUCUGUGUGGAGUUUGUCAUGAUGUAUAUAUGUACCAAGGAGCAGGCUCGAGCUAAUUAAUUGGUUCAUUAAACUGCCUAAUUUUCCUAAA